UGAAAGACGUAUUUCUCACUCACUGUUAAACUUAAAUGGGUGGACCCGGUCUGAGUCUAAACCGACCCGACUAAAACCCUGCCCCAACGUUUACCAAAACCCUACACGAAGAGGUUUUCGCUCCUCCCACCUCUGACCACCUUGGGCUCUAAUUGGAGCUCCAGGGACUGUACGGACAUGGAGAAACCUCUGGUGGCACUUGAUAAAGGCACCACCUGCUCGUCGUGGAACUACUCCGGCCGGAGAUUGGCCACUGGCUCAGUCGACGGAACCCUCGCCAUCUUCGACACGCGCGACCCAGCUUCUUCCUCUUUCUCCUGCACUUCAAAAUCGAAGGUUACUGCAUAUUCUGAUGGCCAUGUCAAGGUCUAUGAGUUACUAGAUCCCUUGGAUCUGAAGAAUUGGCAACUUCAGGCUGAAUUUCAGAAUGUUAUUGAUUCAGUGUCUACGUUUGGGAAAGCCAUGUGCUUAUCUGCAUCUAUAUCUUGGAAUCCACAAAGAGGAGAGAGCCAGGAAUCCAGCUUUGUUUUGGGUUUCAAUUCAGACACACCACAACUUAAUUCUUCCAAGGUAUGGGAAUUUGAUCAGGCUCAUCAAAGAUGGCUCCCAGUUGCAGAGUUGGCUUCAGCUGGUGACAACGUUGAUCAGGUCUAUACUGUUGCAUGGGCACCAAACAUUGGCAGGCCCUAUGAGGUAAUUGCUGUUGCCACUCACAAGGGAAUAGCAAUAUGGCAUCUUGGAUUAAACCCCGACUCAGAUGGAAGGCUCUCAUUGGAGAAGAUUGCACAACUUUCAGGUCACAACAGCGAGGUCUGGCAGAUGGAAUGGGACAUGAGUGGGAUGACAUUGGCGACCACCGGGAAUGAUGGGGCAGUACGGUUGUGGCAGUCUAAUUUGAACGGUGUUUGGCAUGAAGAGGCUACAUUUGAACCCACUUCCUAGUCCCUUGCGACCUCUGUUGCUACAUGUUAAAAUGGCAAAUUCUCUGUUUUACGAGAAAACACAGUUUGUAAUCUCAUGGUAACAUGGUUGCCCUACUUGGUUUUAGAUCACUAGGUUUAAGCACUGUGCGGCAACCCAAGAUCAGUAAGAAUGAAGAUUAGUGAUUGUAACUUUACACAUUGGUUCAAAUUUGAAAUUUUGUUAGUGAAUUUUUGUCA